UUGCAUUGUGGGACAGCAGAGGAGGCGUUGUGCAGCUCAGUGUGACUCAGACCUGCAGGAAGCUCCUCCGCAGUAACGCGCAUUCUUUACCCGCAGCAGGUUCUCUCUCUAGCGGACUCUUUCAGCAGAUUCUCCGGCAUGUUGGGGACCAUCGCCAAACAGCUCAAGAGCCACCCAGCUCUCAUCCCCCUCUUCAUCUUCAUCGGUGGCGGGGCGGCAAUGAGCGUGACGUACUUGGGUCGGCUGGCUCUGAAAAACCCUGAUGUCUCAUGGGAUCGUAACGGUAACCCCGAGCCCUGGAACAACUUCAAGCCCGAUCAACAGUACAAACUCUUCACAGUUAACAUGGACUAUUCCAAAUUGAAGAAGGACAGGCCUGAUUUCUAAGUCAGCGUGUCCUCGCACCUCCUCCGUCUCUGACAUUGUCGUCGGUGUUAGGAGCCUCUGCACUUUUCUGCCAAAUCCAAAACAAACCCACGACACUGAGUGAAGGUUGAAUCGUGCUGCACUCAUUCAGUCAGUUCAUUUCCAUUGUGAAGGGGUCAAGGGAUCAUUCACUUAUAAAGUGACUAUAUGAAUAAAACAGGCAACCACCUGUUUUACUAAUUGAUGAAUUUAUUUUUGUGUUAAUUAUUAAAACCAUUUCAAUCUCA